AUGGAGUUGAAAGAACUUGAACCUUUGAUGAUGAAGAUGAUGAUGAAAGAUGAUGAUGAGGAUGAUGAGCAUGAUGAUGAAGAGGAUGAUGACGAUGAUGACGUCAACAUCAGCAAUAACAAUAAUCACAAUUUCAACAGUAACAACAACAUCAACACUAUCAACAACAACAACAUCAACAACAACAACAUCAACAUCAACAACAACAACGUCAACAACAACAACAACAUCAACAACAACAUCAACAACAACAACAUCAGCAACAACAUCAACAACAUUAACAACAAAAACAACAUCAACAACAACAUCAUCAACAACAACAACAUUAACAAGAUAAUCUUGGCGUUCUUCAUCGUUAUCUCCAUAACAUUUCUUUUUCUUUAUACUAUGCCUUAUCAUUUGAACGAUCUAGAUGCAUUAAAUCUAGAAAAAGAUGAUAAAAUAAAGCCAAACAGUUCUGGAAAUUCUAAAAAGGACAAACUUAAAAAAGCUAAAUUUGAGUCAAUUCUUGACGAAAAGUUAAAAAAAUUAGAAGAACUAUUUAUUGAAGAAAGAAACAUCUUCCGAGAAAUAGUAAAUAAUGCGGCUAUUAACAAUAGCCCAAAAGUAGAAAGAAAGCAGCAAUCCGAUUGCAAGACCGAAUCGAGCAAGCAAUCUGACUGGUCAGAGAUUGUAAAACGUAAAAUUAAAAAGAGCUCAAAUGUUCAACACGUGGCGAAUGUUCAACGCGUGGCGAAUAUUCAACACGUGGCGAAUGUUCAACACGUGGCGAACAUCAACAUGUUGAAAACAAAGAAAAAAACACACAACACUAACAUAGCAAAUAUGAAAACGGUUAUAGGCACCCAAACUGAUAAACAAACAAAUUUGAAAGCGAUGAAACCUUCGCCAAAAAGAAAAGUUUUUUACGUUGGUCGAUUGGACCAACAAUGCACUGCAAAAGAGUUAAGCGAACACAUAAAUGGAUUGAAAAUUGAGUACUUGAGAGAAUACACACACAAAACGUGCAGGCGAUUGUUGUGUACGGGCAAAUAUAAAAUGUGGAAUGCCAUUGUGGAUUCAUUUAAUGAAACGUUGGUAAGGAAAGAAUGCGGAAAUCAAAAUUAUUUUUUGCUGGCACAUGUCGAGACACUGACGAGUUUAUCUAAACUAGCCUGUAAAUAG